CACGUCCUGGUGCUGAACAAGGUGGACCUGGCCGAUCCUCGCCGGCAGCCGGCAGUCUUGGAGCACCUGAAGCAGCAGGGAUGCUCACAUGUUGUCUUCACUGACUGCCAGCGUGAUGGUAACGUCAAGAAGAUUGUUCCCCUGGUUGCCAAGCUGGUGGGCAACAGCCCACGCUACCACAGGGCUGAGAGCACCGACUACAGCAUCCUGGUGAUUGGCGUGCCCAACGUGGGCAAGUCGUCGCUCAUCAAUUCCCUGCGGAGGCUGCACCUCAAAAAGGGGAAAGCCACCGCAGUUGGUGGCGAGCCGGGCAUCACCAAGGCAGUGCUGACGAGAAUCCAGGUCUGUGAGAAGCCCCUGAUGUACCUGGUGGACACGCCUGGCGUGCUGCCCCCGAAGCUGGGGGACGUGGAGACGGGCAUGAAGCUGGCACUCUGUGGAGCCAUCCGUGACCACCUGGUGGGGGAGGACAUCAUGGCCGACUACCUCCUGUACACCCUGAACAAGCAGCAGCAGUUCGGGUACGUGCAGCGCUACGGGCUGGACGAGGCCUGCGACGACAUCGAGCUCGUGCUGAAGCGUGUGGCCCUCGCCCAGGGCAGGACACAAAAGGUGAAGGUGCUGACAGGCACGGGGAACGUCAAUGUGACCAUGCUCAGCUACCCAGCAGCUGCCUACAAGUUCCUGCGGGACUUCCGGGCAGGACACCUGGGCAGGGUGACGCUGGACUGAGACCUGUCCCGGGCGGGGGCAGAGGCACCACCUGCAGCCAUGUGGUGCCCCACAGGGCUGGGAACACAUCGGCGGGGGGUUCCGGCGUGUGAUUUGAGGCAGCUCUGACGGGGCAGCCCCCCAGUUUCAGCCCCCGAGCUGCUGCAAGGACAGGGGGGGCAGGAUCACUGCCACGGGGGGGGGAGGAUGCGCUG